CCAGCUAGGCUGCUAGCGCCAGUCUGUUAGAGAGCGCGUUCGGAGCCGGUGCGUGUCGAAGUCGGUCGCAUUGUUGAAAAUACGCGAAACGCAUUGCCAGUUCGAACACGAUGACAACAUUUGAGUUCGACGACGACGGUUCCCCGAUAAUUGAAAGCCGCGUUUGAAAUUUCCCCGGCGCCUGGCCGAGAUUAAAAAUAAACGCGUCGCACGUCGAAGGAGAGUUCGUUGCUUUUUAGCGCCGUCGAUCGAUUUGAUCGAUCCCGAGUCUCGAAAUGACUCUCGCGAUUUGCCUUUAUUACUUCUAUUACUGUUGUUUGUCGCUGUUGACCGCGAUUGUUUCGGCCAGCGAGGAAACGGUUACCAUCAAUAAGCCAAUUGUGAAAUUCUCCAAGCCUUGGCAUUAUUCUACAGAAUACGUACGAUGUUUCUGCAAUUUACCAAACUGCAUAAUGACGGGGUACAUGUGCAAAUCGAGCGGUGGCGGUUGCUUCUCUAAAAUCAAUCAAACCAAUAACGAUAAUAGCCAGCAUGGAUGUUUGGAAUUAUUAAAAGAGAAGUAUAAAUGCCACGGUAAGGCGGCACCGCACGAGAGAACAACGUUCAGAAGAAAGGAAAAUGCGAGAUCCCAUCUGAUGUGUUGCCACCAUGAUUUGUGCAACCAUAUCGAAAGUCCCCAAACAAAAAAUCUAAUCAAUAGCACAGCAUUAGAUGAAUAUGUGGAAGAAGUAGAUAACAAAUACGAACAGAAGCAGGAAACCUUCCUCUAUUCGGAUUCGGAAGUUUGGUUCAGAGCAGCAACAAUAGCAGUGCCCAUAUGCGGCGCUGUUAUUUUAUUCGUACUCAUAGCUCUAGCUAUUAAAAUAUUGAAGACUGAACACCAGAACUCCGCAUUGGAUAAACUGGGGCCGCCUUUGUACAUCCAACCGAUAGCGCAUCACAAGUACCCGAAAGGGCGGCAAAACCAGGAUAAUUUCCACCAAACCUACGACAGUUUGCUUCAAAAAGAUUACGUGAUAUCGCCGCAUAACAAUUACUAUUGCAGCAAUGCGGAGGAUUUCCGGUUGCAGUUGCACGAGCCUUUGAUACAGUGCGAGAGCAGCACCAGCGGGGAAGAGAAGAACUCGAUUCAAGCCAGAUAUAAUUUAGUUAAUUGCGAAGUGUCGGGAAAGAGUAUUAUUAUGGAGAUAGAGAAAGAGAAGCCGCCCUGCUCCCCGUCGAACGUGUCUUGCAACAGCAAAUGUAUAAAUAAAUACUGCGCCGAUAAGAGUUUUUUAUCUUAGUUGGGUAGGUUUUCGAUGUAUAGACUGAUAUUCAAAUUAAAUUGUACUUAUUAAGAUUACUAAUACCAGAAGGAAAAUGCGACAGAUUUAAUGGAUUAUGUUUUAGAAGUUAAUGAUUUGAGUCUUACUUAUUUUUUUAUAUGACUGUUUUACAUUGUAUACUAGAAAUUUGGAAUAGACACACAUCUUCCAUUGAAUUCUAGGCUGUGAAUAUAAAUCCAUUUUUUUCAUAUUUGAUCACAUUUUACAUUGUAAAGCCCAUCAUAUGGGUAAGUGCAAAUUUGUUUGCAAUUCUAUGAGUUGAACAAAGAAUGAUUACUAAAACAACAGUGGUUAGAGUGAGAAAAUUGCAAUCACACAUUAGACCAUAUUUAUAAAAAUGAAGCAUUUACUUUGAAGUAAAAGGUAGAGGCAAAAAAUAAGAGAAAAGGAUUUUAAAACCAUAAAACCUUUCGCUUUAAAGCAACAGCAGGG